CCGACAGUACAUAUAAGAUCAACAGGGUAUUGCUUAUUGAAACUUGUGUGUUUGAUAAUUUGGCGGCAUAAAUGAGUCAAGGUCGGGGUUUGGAAGACCAGUAUGGAGUGCCUGAGUUCAGAAUCGAGUGCAGUUUGUGACAGUCAAGCUACCAAUAACAUCAGAAAUUCCAAACCUAAAAGCGAUGUAUCUAGGCAAAAGAAAACAUCCAAAAAGUCACAUCACCAUUGCAGUCACAAACAAAACAAUAAUGAUUGCUGCAAAACUACUUGUAAACCCGACGUUCUACGAAAUCUUUCAACUGUAAUUCAAAACUGGAAGCUGGGUGAUAAAGCUCCAUGCCACAAAACAGCAAAUAUUGAAAGCACUUUUAAAAACAUUGAGAAACGAAUCAUUCAUGGAAGUGUUGAGAAAGUUUCACCUGACUGUCAGGCUCCUGGGGGUGGACUAGCUUACCCUAAAGAGACCAAGUUUAUUUUUCAUUAUCAAAUUCGUAAACUGGAUGAAGACCGUACCGUGAUUGAUGAUACCCGUAAGUAUGGAAAAACGAUGGAGGUGUACUCGGGAAAAGAAUUCCAACUGGAGUUUUGGGAACAAUGUUUAGGAACUAUGUUGCCUGGUGAAGUUUCAUCAUUUGUUGUACCACCUGAAAGGUUGGCUUCAUUUCCAGCUGUAAAUAAAAAACUCCGUGAUUACAUGUUAAAUAAAAAAGAUCAUUCUGCAAAACACUGUUGUGGAUUAAUGAGCUUACAAGAGCAAGGUGGUUUGGGCUACCCAGAUCUGGACGAGUUGAUGAUAAAACCUGAAGCACUUGAAUUUAUUUUUGAUUUAGUUAAAGUUGAAAUUCCGGGUACUGGUAAUCGUAAAGAAACAUGGAUAAUGACGCCUGAAGAGAAAUUGGAAACUGUACCAGUUUUACGCGAAGAAGGUAAUCAGUUGUAUAAUCGUGGGGAAUAUAAUAAGGCUGCUGCGUGUUAUAGUGAAGCGUUAGGCAUUUUAGAACAAUUAGUUUUACGUGAAAAACCAGGAGAACCUGAGUGGAUUGUAUUGGACAAGUUACAAAUACCAUUAUUUGUUAAUCUUGCACAAUGUCAAUUUAAAGAAAAAGACUACUAUGCUGCAAUAAAAAAUACUACUGAAGCCUUAUCACGAGAUCCUACAAAUGUAAAAGCACUUUAUCGCAGGUCUAAGGCGUAUAUAGAAACUUGGGACUUUGAUCUAGCUGCUGAGGAUCUACGUAAGCUAGCCAUUUGUCGUCCGGAAAUGAAGGACACAGUCGAAAAUGAACUAAACAUUAUCGAGGCUAAACGUGUCAACGAAGAAAUCAAAGGAAGACAAAAACUAGCUGGGAAACUCUUCGCUUGUCCAAAAUCAGUCGCGGAAUCAAAUAUAAAUUAAAGAUGUAUAAUAAUAAAUUCAGAAAUAUUCGUGUCAGUAUUAUAUGUACUUUGAAUAUCUGAAAAUUGAUUCAAGGUUUGUGCAUUUAUGAUGGAACAGUCGUCUUUUUUUCUGCGUCUAUAUAUUUCCAUCUUAAAUAUCUUGACUGUGAUAUAACUACUUGCACCAGUAGCUUUUUUAAUUUCAUUUCAUUUGUGGAUUUUCUUUUGAUUGUAUGUACCCAUUAUAUUGUAAAUACUAUAUUGAAAAUGAAAUGGAUUAUACUUGUUCAUUUGUAGUAAUAAUGAAACUAGUUAUAAGCCCUUGAUUGCAUUACUAACCUAUUUUCAUAAGAUACAAAUGAAGAAAUUCAAGUCCACAAAAAUCUCUUUA